UCUAAAUUCUUGAAGAUUCCUACUAGUCAGUGGUAAGUCUGCAUCGGUCUUUCACUCUGCAUAACAACGGGCAAACCGCCUUCACGUCAACACAGACUUCAGGGUGAAACUUUUCCACAAGCAUCCUCCGGUUUGCUUGUUGUCCAGAAAAGCUGAAAAGCCCAGUCAGGAGAUGCCAAAUUGUCGUGGAAAUUAGACAACACUCGCAGACUCGUCCUCUGAAGAAAACUACACCGAUGUGAUAACCUUGGAUAUGUUUCACUUAUCCGUUCAUCUGUUCUUCUAGACAUGCUUGGCAGAUGCUCAGACCUCAACCAUGCGGCUAAGGAGGGUGGCAACCAGCAAAAUGACGCAUUUUCACAGGACAAGUACAAGUCCACAACUGCACAAGUACAGAAUACAGAAGAUGGUGUUCUGUUUUUUGAUUCGGACAGUUAGCGCUGCAGACUGGGUCACUCUGCGGAGGAGGACUCUGAUAGGGGCAGUCACAGUGAGCGCCCUCAUUAUUCUCGCUCUCCUCGGUGGAAUCGUUAUCACUGCUCAUAGAUUAAUGGAAGUGCUCGACCAGCUUAAUACAGUGUCAGAUGUUACUAAGGAGUUUCCAAGUCUGUCAAGAAAAGAAGGGAUUGUUCCAGAGGAAGUGUGGCGUUGGAUUGUAGCAGCUAAAGCUGCUAUGACUCUUAACCCUCAGUCGGCUCACGAGCUUCUCAGCGUGAGCAGCGAUGGUAAAAGACUCUACCAAGCGUCCUCAAGCAGUCCUCCCCGUGUCAGCACGACUGAGACAUACGUUUGGUGUCUCUGUGUUGCAUCUAAGAACCUGCUGAAUACCAGGGCUUAUUUUGAACUUGAGGUGACGCAGAGUGUGCCGUGGACUCUGGGGCUGCAUACUGAGUCUUUCAAUGCAGACAACACCCCUGAUACACAUCCUGAACGUGGCAUCUGGACGAUAAGAUCAGCAGAGAGUAAAAUAAUAAUCAAUGAUGGUAAAGCCACUCCAACGCCGUACGCCACACCGGCUAAGCUCGGGCUGUAUUUGGACUAUGCUCGAGGUCAGGUGUCCUUCUACAAUUCGGUGGCUAGACUUCACCUGCACACUUAUCUUACCAGCUUUAAAGAAAAACUUCGUUUCUAUGCUGCUGUUCGGGUUGGGAUAAAUGAGACCCAAGAAGCGUUAAUUUCAUUUGUUUAAUUCUGAUAUUUGAGUAGGUUAGGUUCGGGUGGAUUAUUAAUGUACCUUCAUUUUAAAUCAAAGCUGCCUUAUUGCCUCUAAUGUGUUUUCUUUCUUAUUUUGAACUUCUACUAUGGAAAAUAACCCCAAGCAGAAUGAAAUAAAGCUGUAUUUUAACCUGCA